GGAGACAAGACCAGAUCCUGCUCACCUCAGGGUGCUCUGAGUUCUUGGUUUGACCUCUGGGGGAUUCAGGCAGAGGAUUAACUCAGAUGGCCAAAGAAAAUGGCAAAGAACUCCAGACUCUGCCCAGAAAACCCUGAAGGAGGGAAAGAAGAGUUACCAAAGUGAGAACAGGGAGCCUGGAUUCCCAGAGAAUGGCCUUCGAGAGGGACAGAGUCCGAGCCCAGGAGGUGGUGACAUUCAAGGAUGUGGCUGUGGACUUCACAAGGGAGGAGUGGCGCCUCUUGUCCCCUCCCCAGAAGGAGCUGUACAAGGAAGUGAUGUUGGAGAAUACCCGGAACCUGCACUCUGUGGGGCUUGCAGUUCCCAGAGAAGAUGUGAUCUCUUAUUUGGAGCAAAGGGAAGCCCUGUGGAUGCUAGAGCAAGAAGGCCUGAGGAGCUGCUGUCCAGGUGAGUGAGGUGAAAAGUGGUGUGUGAGAGCCAUGGUUACCUGAUGUUUCUCUGUGCUGUAGUGAAGCAUGAGGGAAAGCUCUGAAGGGAAGGAGCACUAGAGAGGUCUAAUGGGUGGAAGUGGCCUGGGGCUUCAGGAGAGCCAGACUGGGGAUUCUGGGGGAAAGUAUAGUAGAGAAAAGAAGUGAAAGGCAAUGGCACAACUCACUGCAAAUGGCCAUCUCUAGCAGUUUACCCCUGAAUCUGAGGACAGACAUUGGACAGUAUCUCUUGAAGAUGUAGAGAUCAAGUGAGAGUGUUUGGAGGAUUAAAGAGAAAUGGUUUAUUGGUUACAAUAAAAAAAGAGUCAUGAAUUCAUUAGUGUGGGAGAGACUGAAAAUUAAAGAAAAAUAUGAAGACUAGAAGAAGGAGUAAAAGAGUUGAGAUGAAAGAUGAGAUGGGAUUCUUUGCACAUGGAAAGGGAUUUUCUUUAGCUAGAAGAAUGACCUUUUUCUCUGAUCUUGAGGCCAAAAAGGAAAAGUAGGCAGUUGAGUUGGGUAAGAUAUGGAGGAUAAGAGAGCUCUGCAGAGAGGUCCAGCUUUUGUUCAGUGAAAUAUGAGGCCAAGUUCUCAGCUCAGAAUGUUUGGGCAGGGGGUGGGAGGAAGCCAUGAAGGAGAGCUGGAGACCAGGGAAAUACUUGGAAGGCUGCUGUGGUGGGUGGCAAGGGGAAUCCAUAGUAGAGACACCACAGGAUUGCUUUUCUAUAGUGAGGACCCAGCUGAGAUUAGGGAGCAUCUAUGGAGAGUUGAGUCAGGCAACUGCUGUUUCCUGAUUUUCCUUCUCUCCAUUGACCUGCAGCACAUGAGGAGGAGUGAGGACUGCUGCCUUCCUUGACUGCAAUCCAAAACUAAUCUUUGU